GCUCGACCUCCUCCCAUCCGACCUCCUCUUCAUCUACGCUUGUGUAUCAACUACGGCUUGUUGUCACCCUUUUUCAGAUCCCGAUUUAGAUAGCCGCCCGUCAUGGACAAGUUGGUCGCCCAAUAUAGCCGCCCGGCCCAUCAGAAUGAGUUCUAUUCCGAACAAGAACAACAUGACCUCACAGAGAGCCUUCCUCCCCUCUCUCUGAAAUUCAACCUUCCUCCUGUUGACAACUCAAGAUCUUGGCUCCGUGCUAUGACCGAUGAUCACUCAAACCCAAGCUGCCCCAUUAAACUUGCCCACGGAACGACAACACUGGCCUUCCGAUUCCAGGGCGGAAUUAUUGUCGCGACAGACUCUCGAGCCACCGCUGGAAAUUGGAUUGCCAGUCAGACAGUGAAGAAGGUUAUUCCCGUCUCGCGGUUGAGUCGUGGUGAGGAUAAGCCGAACAAUGCCCCGACUCCCGGUCUGCUAGGUACUAUGGCGGGUGGUGCUGCGGAUUGCCAAUACUGGUUGAGAUAUUUGAGUCAGCAGUGCACACUUCAUGAAAUCCGCCACAAGCGCCGUAUCACUGUUGCAGCCGCUUCCAAGAUUCUCGCCAACCUGACAUACGCCUACAAGGGAUACGGUCUGAGCAUGGGAACAAUGUUAGCAGGAAUGACCCCUCAAGAAGGCCCCGCUCUCUAUUACAUCGACUCAGACGGCACCCGACUCCCAGGCAACCUGUUCUGUGUUGGAUCCGGUCAGACAUUCGCUUACGGUGUGCUGGAUGCCAAUUACCGCUACGACUUGUCUGAGGAGGAGGCCCUUGAACUUGGUCGGAGAAGUAUCCUGGCCGCUAUGCACCGUGAUGCCUACUCCGGUGGUUUCAUCAACCUGUACCAUGUUAAGGAAGAGGGAUGGGUGCACCACGGCUUCGACGACAUGAACCCGAUCUUCUGGAAGACGAAGUUGGAGAAGGGCGAAUUCUCGAAUGUUACGUCGGAGUUGUAAUGUGUAGUGUCUUAGAUGGUUUCUCAUGGUGGACAUGAUAUAUCAAAUUUCUUUUCUUAGGCAUACAAGAUACUUCCUUCUAUGAGUCUGUACCUGUAUGGUGAGCAGCAAUGGGGACCUAAAUCUCAUUGAUACCAGUUCAAAGAGUGCGUUUUCUUGUAUUACAGUUACUGGAAGAGCUCGGUUGUUGCACUUUGGUAUAUUCUACUAAAAAAGAGAG